CUCAAAUAUCAGAGUAGGGAAGUGAUUCCAUUGGGAUAGAUCUCUCCGCCAACCAGAUUAAGUUCCGAGGGUUUGGUUUGCAAUCCUUAGCCGGCUAGUUGAGAGGGUUAGGUUCCCUAGCCUAUCAUUGUCACCCUUAGCCGAAAGGUUAAGUGAGUUUGCUUCCUAACUUUUUGCAACAAAUCUCAAUUAGCUAACUAAGAGAGAGUUAGGGAUCUCCUUGGUUGAUCAAUAAAGAGGGCUAGACUCUCUACUUACGAAUCACAAUUCUUCACCAAACGGUUAAGAUAGCUAGUUCCCCUAGCUUAUAUUUGUUGAUUUUUCUUCAUUGAUCGACUAAGGGAGUUUGUCCCUAGCUAGUUGCUCCACCUAUCAGUGUAUGAACACGUCUUUCUCACUAGAGCUAUGUUUGUCACUUCUUAGCACGAGACCAGGGGGAGCAAUACCCAGGUGAAGUCCCCUCAAGUAGAAUUCUCCUCUAUUUACUUUCCUUGUUCAUUCACUUUGUAGUUUUCUUAGUUUUAAACCCAAAACCGUGUUGCUAGAUAACAACUUAAGCGAUUGAAGUAGAGGUACAUGGUCCAGCUCGGGUUGACAAUUUAAAUACUUGCCCUAUACUACACUAGACUAGAGUUUAAAAACUUGGGCUCUAGUCGGGAUUAAUUCGUGGUACGGUUUCGUGCGAGUCAAAUUUUUGGCGCCGUUGUCGGGGAACCGCGAUCCAUAAUUUUGAAAAGGUCCUCUAGCAUUUUUUUUCUUGUCUUGUAUUGUAUUGUGUUUUGUUUUUGUGUUUUAUCUUUGUGUGAUGCAGAGUUGAGCCAUGGAUCCUGAUAGCUUCUCCUACCUGUGGGGGUAUCCACCAAACACCCGAAUGGUGUUACCCUAAGCCGUCAAGGGGAUUUCAAGAAGGAGAUGAGUACGGAUCCGGGCCAACUAUCUUUUCCAUGAUGAGCAACCAUAUCCCCCGGAUGUUCAAGAGUUCUAUCCAUACCAUGAAGGUUACCCUCGACAACCACGAGGGAAGAUCCAAUUGGAGAUAUUGGUGGAGAAGUUCGUAUCGGACAAUGAGAGAUCAUAUUCCGGACUGACCUUUCCAACCAUGGAUCCACCUCACUCGGAUUUCUUCUAUGAAGCGGAGGAAACAUGCAAGCGUGCGGAGAAGCUAAACUCGAUGGUCGAGGAAGCUUGUGCACGUUUCACCCAAGACCGACUUUUGGCGGUUGGUGAAGAAAAGGAUGAUGAAGAGGAAAGCCUUGAGGAUGAGUUGGAACGGUCGAAUGUUGUCACGGAUGGCCACCGUGAUGCUCAAGACUUGGAAUGUCCUCAGAGGUAGCCACCACUCUUUCACAUUUCAUCCAAAGCGUUGAAGAGGAAGUUCUCAAUGAGGAGAUGAGUGCCAAGUCAAUCGAAGACAUAGCUUGGAGACUCGCUAUUCAACGCUUGUUUGCAGAAGAGCGAGGAAAGAUGAGGAAAGAAGAAGUUGUGGAGGAGGUAGUAGAAAAAAAGAGAAAUUUCUUGAGGAUCCCCGAGAGGAGGAAAUCGAAGAAAAAGGAAGGGAGUUUGAGGAUGAAUAAGAAAGAGCAAAUGGGCUCUAAGAUGAGGACGAGGUCAAGGUGGAAGAAGCAUCCACAAGUUACAAGAGCUACCAAUGCUUUCCACCCAACCUCGAUGCACUUUUGGAGAAGGACCCGUUUGUGGCUCUUUUCGAAGCCAAUGCCAAACCAUCGGUGAUCCCUCUUGAUGGAUGCGAUGGAAUUUGAUCGACGUUGCACAAUAUGGUGUGGGGGCAAAGAGAAAAGUGAAGAAAGUAAGAAGAAGAGGUCUCGUGGAUGGAGCCUCAAAGUUGAUCAAGUUUACGAGCCCUCAUUCAUGGAUUCGUCCAAUGCUCGUGACUUGAGAUUUCAUCACACCGACGAGAACCUCAACUUCAAGGAGGUUCUUGGGUGGGCCAAAACUUGAAGUGCAAUUGUCCGGCUCACGAUGUUAAAGAAGCGCUUAGUAGAAGGCAACCCAACCAUCAACGGUGUGUUUUAUUUUGGGUUCAAUAAGUCGACCUUUUGUUUUGCCGCUUCCUUGCUCUUUCAUAUCUCACCCGGCCUCCGCUUCCGAACACCAACAUUCACCACUACCCGGUAACAUCGCUCUACUUCCCUAUUUUACACCAUUAAGGGCAAUGUCGAGCUUAAGUGGGGGGGGGGGGGGGUAGUCCAUUAUGUAUGUGUGUGUGUGUGUGGGUGUGAAUGUUUGGUGUGAUUUUGAAUGCUUGGAGCCUAGCUGUAUGCCCAAAUUUUAAAAUUUUGAGGGCACCAAGCAAUGCUUUCAUGAAAAAAGUGACCGGUUUGUGGGAGAAUCUCGUGUUUAUUGGCAUUAAACUCGAAUUGUUGCAUGUGAUAGUGUGUAUCCCAUGAUGAUGACUGAGAGGUGCAUUAGGAUAGUGCAAAAGUUUAGUUUUCAUUUAUGCAAAAAUGAAUGGAUGUCUUGACUCGAUUACUUGUUGAUACAAUUGCCAUGCAUUGUGUUUUGUGAAAGUAGAAUGAAAGAUUGGGUGACUAGGUAGCCAUGUGAGUUUUGAGCUGAUCGUUUUAUUCUUGUGUGCUUAGAUCCCUCUUACCAUGGCGAGUAACAUCACAGUUGUCACUAGUGAGUAUGAUUGAGGCACAAGUUCCACACCCAAAUGUUGAUUGUCCCGAAAUGCUUUAUCCCCUAGUCAACCCCUUUGAGCCUUGUGACUUUGGGGGUUAUUCUCAUGUUUGGAGCUCUUUGAUUGUAAGCUUAAUGGUGCUUCUUCGUGUCUAUACGUGUGUCGCCUUGUGUCCCGGAGCUCUCGCUCUUGAGUUCCAUUGAGGUGCUACAUAGUAGGAUUGUGGGCGGUUCUUGCUAGGAAUGAAAGAGUAGUGUUGGAGUGAGUUCUUAAAGGAGAGCAUUGGUUAUCAAAUGUAGUGUGGCAAGUGUUUAACUCUCUAGUACCCCCUCUCAAAAAGAAAAGAAAAAAAAAGAGAAGGAAAGUAGAAAGAAAGAGAAAAGAAAAAGAGGUAAUAAAACGGGGUCAAUAAA